CUCGCGUACUAGAAAGAGUGAGGAGGGAGGUAUUAGAUCUAGUACGAAAGUACUAGGUCUGGCAACGCUGCUCGCGAAAAACGGUUACUUUUGACAAGUGUUAUCUGUCACUGAUCAUAAAAAACCCGCCAUUUGAAGAGGGAAGGUGAGUCGAAGUGUUGUUUUUCAUUAUUUUACUGUGCGUUUUCUGGAGUUUGUUGUGGUUUUGGUAUCUUCCUGCUGAUCUUUGGUUUUUGGUAUAAAUUUGAAACUUCGUGCACAGUUUGAGGCCUACAGAAUCCUCAUUCCUCGUUUAGUCCUGUUUCAAGAAUCAUCCCAACAAGUUCGCAAUGUCUGGACGCGGCAAAGGAGGCAAAAGUAAAGCAAAGUCCAAGUCCCGUUCCAAUCGCGCCGGCUUGCAGUUUCCAGUCGGCAGAAUCCACCGUUUGCUGAGGAAAGGCCACUAUGCCGAAAGAGUGGGUGCCGGGGCCCCAGUCUACCUGGCCGCCGUGAUGGAAUAUUUGGCCGCAGAAGUCUUGGAGUUGGCCGGCAACGCGGCCAGAGACAACAAGAAGACCAGGAUCAUGCCCCGGCAUUUGCAGUUGGCCAUCAGGAACGAUGAGGAGCUGAACAAACUGUUGGCUGGGGUGACCAUUGCACAGGGAGGUGUGCUGCCUAAUAUCCAGGCCGUUUUACUGCCCAAGAAGACAGGAAGCGGGUCCGGUUCGGGAGGGAAAUCUGCCAAGUCACAGUCCCAAGACUAUUGAGGAGGUCUUUAAGUUUGUUCAAUUGUGUUCUCUUUGUAUUUAUAGUUUUGUUUGUAACAUUUAUACAUCUAAUUUUUCAUUAAAUCAUUCAAAUGGAUUCCUUUAUACUUUUAUUCCUUAGAAAUGACCAACAUUUUCAUUGUGUAUAGAAUGAUGCUAGGUUUAUAGAUUCAAUUAAACUAUCUAUUAGGAAUU